AUGGCGGCGUAUUGGACCAACACCGUGCGUGUCGUGCGAAGACACGCCUACUUUGUCGGGCCAGGCAUCGUCGCCUCUGUCGCCUACGCAGAUCCAGGCAACUGGGCCACCGACCUCCAGGCCGGCUCCGAGUUUGGCUACUCGCUCCUCUUCAUCGUGCUCCUCACCGGCAUCUUUGCCGUCUUCAUCCAGAUCCUCUCGUGUCGCCUCGGCAUCGUCACCAACGCUGACCUCGCAAGGCAGUGCCGCAUGCUCAUCCUCAACGAGGACCGCCACGGCACCCCUCCUCACCAACCCGUCUCCCAUCCAAAAUGGAGGAGGUGGGGCCUCCUCUAUCCGCUCUACGCCAUCGCAGAGGGCGCCAUCGUCGCGACAGAGCUCGCCGAACUCACAGGAUCCGCAAUCGCGCUCAACCUCCUUUUCCCCGCGCUUCCGCUCUGGGCCGGCAUCCUCGUCACCUCGGUCGACGUCAUCCUCAUCCUCUUCAUCUACCGCCCGCCUCCCAACGGCUCCUUCCGCCUCCUCGAGGCCAUCGUCUCUGUGCUCGUCUUUGUCGUCCUCUCCUGCUUCAUCGUCCUCCUUGUUCGCAUAAAGCCACGCUGGCCUGACGUAUUCCACGGCUACCUACCCUCCCAUCACGUCGUCCAGAGCGGCGCCCUCUACGUCAGCGUAGGCAUCCUCGGCGCCACCGUCAUGCCACACGCAAUCAUCCUCGGCUCCCACUUUGCCUCCAUCGACCGCCUUCCCGGCCUCGACACCGACGAACCUUCCUUCGACUCGCCCGCUCCACAGGGUACCCCGCAAGCCCCACAACAGGUCCACAGCACCUGGGCACUCGUACGCCAGUCCUUCUCACGCACCUUUAGCCAAAAGUCGCACGCCAAGUCCGAGGUCAUCCGCCUCUCCCGCGUCGUGCGCUCGCUCAUCCAGCACCGUACAAACCCCCAUCACACUGACGCCGACGACGGUGCAGAAUCGCUCGACAGUGUCACUCCUAGACGCUGCGGCCGCAGCCGCUACCACGACCCGGCGCAAAAAAACCUGCCUCCACGCACGCUCGAUAGCAUCCGCAUCCACCUCAAACAUGCCUCCGUCGACAUUGGCAUGUCGCUCGUCAGCUUUGCCAUCGUCAUCAACUCGGCCAUCCUCAUCGUCGCCGCCGCCGCUUUCUACUACACCGACUCGCGCACAGGCCCGGGCCAAGUCGUCGUCGCAAGCCUCUACGACGCAUUCUACCUCCUAAAGCAGCGCCUCGGCAGCCUCGCAGCCGUGCUCUUUGCCGUCGCACUGCUGGCUGCAGGCCAGAGUGCCAGCAUCACCGUCACCCUCGCCGGACAGCUCGUCAGCGAAGGCUUCAUCAACUGGCGCACCGACCCUUUCAUCCGCAGGCUCAUCACGCGCCUCGUCGCGGUCAUCCCCAGUCUGGCAGUCUCGCUCGCCGUCGGCAAGGAAGGUUUGGAUGAAAUGCUCGUCGCAAGCCAGGUUGCGCUCAGCAUCGCGCUGCCCUUUGUGCUCCUGCCCCUCAUCCUCGUCACGGGCAACAAGGCAAGGAUGACCGCAAAAGAGGCACCCGCCGUCAGUGUCCGAUCCGAGGUCGCGUCGGCAGCCUCGUCGACACGAUCAAGCGCUCAGAUCGAGCGACCUUCGCCACGAGCGGACGACAUUAUUGUGGGCGAGCAGGAUACGCCAGCGUCAGAGAGCCAGGCGCUUAAAACGCCGCUCGAGCCACAACCCGAGUUGGCCUUGACCAACACUCUGCCCCGCCACCCAGUCGACGCGCAGACGCAAACGCAGCAGCAAGCACACGAGCAGACACCGCAGGCCGAGUCGAAAGCGGCGUGCUUUGCCAACAAGUGGUACAUCCAGGCGCCUGCAUUUGCCAUCUUUGGUGUGAUCGUGGUCGCAGACGUGUAUGUGCUCGUCACGACGUUUGGCGGCUUAGAUUGA